AUGACAUCUCGCGCCCUUGCCCCGGCCACGCGGCGGCACGCUAUAAAGAACCUUCAUCCGUUACCCCCAUCCGCCAUCAUCCUCGCCGUUCCGCAUCACCAUCGUUCUAUCCAUUACCGUUCCUCUACACGGCUCAUUCACCCUAAUAAAGCACGCUUGGUUCCUCACCAGACGACAAGAUUCAACGCUACCCUCGCCGCCAUGCCCUCCACCAACGACUUUGCCAAGACACUCAAGGCCCUUCACCGACCCGGCCAGCCUCUCAUCGUUCCCAACGUAUGGGAUGCGCCGUCCCUCCAAGCCGUCUCCUCACUCAACACCACCACCACCGCCUCCCCAUCCUCCCCCUCCCGCAAACCCGUCGCCGCCUUGGCCACCGCCUCGUGGGCGCUCGCACAUGCCCGCGGCGCCCAAGACGAGGACCUGACUGCCGAGCAGAACCUCGACGCCCUGCGCGCCCUCGCGCCUCUCGCCGCCCUCGCGGGCCUGCCCCUCUCUGCCGAUCUCCAAGACGGCUACGGCGCGCGCAUCUCUGAAAUCUUUUCCACGGCCGCGCGCUACGGCGUCGCCGGCGCCAACCUGGAAGACAGCAUCCCGUCUGCCGGCUUUGGUCAGGGCAUUGCCGGUUCGCUGUAUAGCAAAGAGGACGCGGUUGCGCGCAUCAAGACGGCGUUGGAGGCGGUGGCCGGUGCCGGCGUGCCGGAUUUUGUCAUUAAUGCGCGCUGCGAUGCGUUUAGGCUGGAUGCUUCGCCAGAGCUCGACGACGAGACGCGCAUGCGUGAGGCGCUGGACCGCGGACGCGCAUAUCUGGAGGCCGGCGCGACAACCGUCUUCUUCUGGGGCGGCGGCGCGCGUGGACUGAGUACCGCCGAGGUGCGGAGAUUAGUUGCCGAGCUGGACGGGCGCGUUGCCGUCUUGCUGACCAAGAGGGAUGGCGGCCACUCGACGGCCGAGCUGGCCGAGAUGGGCGUGGCUAGAAUCAGCGUCGGGCCGUCACUGUACCUGGCGGCCAUGAAUGCUGUCAAGACGGGGGCGGCCCAGAUUCUUGGCGGUGGUGGUCUCUUGUGA